ACGCCGUCGACCAGUCGCACACGUACCGUCGUCUCCCCCGAAUGUACUGUAGCCACCGCCACCGCAGCCGCCGCCGCCGCCGUCGUCGCAGCCGGUGUUUACUGUACGGUGCCGUUCACGAGCGUGUCUUGUAUUAUCGGCUACUGCGGUCGCAGAGCUUUUCGAGUCUCUGACGACGCGCCGGCAGAUAAUCGCGAUUAUUAUUAAUCUAAUUUUCAAAUUCAAUUUUUCAUCUCUCCUACACAGUUCGCGCGUCCCGUCAUCUUAUCAGUGGUUGUAAAAAAAAAUUUUUUUAAAUAACAACAAGGUUGAUACGUGGAAACAAAUAUAUUUUUUAUUUUGUGCACAUCCUCGGUUCACUGUAGAGUACUCGUCUCGAGUCAUGAGGACCACCGACGUCCAUGGGAUUACCGGACACAUUUCUACACGGAAGUGAUGACGGGGAUAUUAUGGCAAUCAAUUUCUCAGCAUCAUUUGCGGCAUGUCUGGCAGCAGGCCUCAAAGUUCCUCGGAAUUUUAUGUACUGCAUUGCACAAGAGAACGGUGCUCCAUAUGUUAUAUACAACAAAGAUGGCCACCCUCAACAAGGGCCUAACAGCAGUAAUUCCCAAUGGGGUCCAGGGCCUUCACAAAACGGUUAUCCAGCUCUUGUAUCAUCUCAACAUGAACCAGCUGAACAAUCCACUGAACAGGCAUCUCAAUCAACGAUUGCUUCACCUUUACCAUCACCAUACCCUAAUACCAAUCAUUCGAUUCAAGGUUCUGGAAAUGGUGGAGAAGAUGAAACACCACCAGAAGACAAUGUAGUUGAAUCUGAUCGAACCCAACCAGGCCAUUAUGGUCCAGCCGACCCUUCCAAUUACUAUUCUGGUGUGAGAGGAGGCCCUCCACAUAUGUUGAGUCCAUCAAGUUUCAUGUCCUAUUUAAAGCAGCCCGGUGUCAUGUUAACACCGUUAAAUCCAGCAGAAGCGUCUGGUGAUUUUCCUAAUAUGCCAGACCUUAUUCACCAACAACAAGAAGCAUCAGGAAAAAAAGGUUCUGAUCUGCGUCUAUUCAAAUGUCUUUCAUGUGGCAAAGACUUUAAACAAAAGGCUACGCUAAUGCAACACGAGCGAAUUCAUACUGACUCAAGACCAUUUGUGUGCAGUGAUUGCGGUAAACGAUUUCGUCAACAGUCUCAUCUUACGCAGCAUGUGCGUAUCCAUGCCAAUGAAAAACCAUUUGUAUGUGUUUACUGUGAGCGAACCUUCAGACAGCGAGCAAUCCUCAACCAGCAUUUACGGAUUCAUUCGGGUGAGAAACCGUACGGGUGUGGAGACUGCGGCAAGGCUUUUCGGCAGAAAGCCAUCCUGAACCAGCACGUCCGCACUCACCAAGAUGUUGGUCCACACUUAGUGUAUAAAAAUGGGCAACUUUGGCCACAAGAUGUGCCAUUGCCGCAAUCUAAAAGUGGACAAUAUGAUUCAAAUGAUUCGUGUUUUUCUCCAGAAAAUGCUCCUCAGUUCCCUGCAUAUUUUAAAGAUGCUAAAGGUGUUGUGCAUGAAAUUUUUGGCCAGGCUGGUAAAAGUCUACCUGAUGUAAUCCAACAUGGUCGCAGUGCUGGCAUGCCACUUUAUGUUCGUUGUCCAAUUUGUAAUAAAGAAUUCAAACAGAAAUCUACUUUACUUCAACAUGGUUGCAUUCAUAUAGAAUCUCGACCUUACCCAUGUGUUGAGUGUGGUAAACGAUUUCGACAACAGUCACACCUCACCCAACACCUACGUAUACAUUCAAAUGAAAAACCAUUCACAUGUAUUUAUUGUGGAAGGAAUUUUAGACAACGUACUAUACUAAAUCAACAUUUACGUAUACAUACUGGUGAGAAACCAUAUAAAUGUUUGCAAUGUGGCAAGGAUUUCAGGCAAAAAGCCAUCCUUGAUCAACAUACAAGAACUCACCAAGGAGAAAGGCCAUUUUGCUGUCCAAUGCCAAACUGUCGUCGUCGAUUUGGUACCGAACAAGAAGUAAAACGUCAUAUUGAUAACCAUAUGAACCCUCAUGCAAAUAAGCGAAGAUCCGAAAGCGGUAAACCAGGCAGGCCACCACACUUAAAUACUAUACUCAAUCAACCAUCAGGCAUUGUGAAACCAGAAUUAUACUUCCCACAAUGCUAUGCAAUGCCAUCACCUUUUGCAAAUCACCAUCAUCCUCAACAAAGUUUUGUAUCUUCUUCUCCAGUUAAUCAUGUUCCUCCACCUCCACCAGAAUUUAAAGGUGCAUCAACAGUAGUUAACAAUACAACAGAUUUUAAGUCACCUGCAAACCUUACAACAGCUGCAACAAUAGCAGUUGUCCAAUAAAAAUUUAGUUAAAAAAUGUACGGUUACUUGUCAAUUAUGAUUAGUACUAAAAGUGGUGAAUGUGAUAUGUUCUGAACUUUUGGAAUGGAUAAUUUUAUUAUUUUUGUUAAUGACGAAACAUAUUUAGUCCGUGAAACAUUAGUUGGGAAAUUGUUUCUCAAAAAGACAAACCCUUGYGUUACCAUGUUGUUCUCUCUAAAAUAUUCUUAAAUUAAUACAUGUUACCAAUUAAAUAUAACUCAUAAAACUUAAUACUAUGGUGAUUUCUGUUGUGUAUAGUCUUAACAGAUAAAAAUUAACUAAACAUAUUUAAAUAUUUUUCCUUUAACAU